CAACUACUGGCCAAGGACAAACUUGAAAUUUGCGAUGGACGUUGAAAGCACCAUUUUAGGAGUCUGUUUUUUGCGUCUGUUACUAUGGUUACAGUGCCCUUAAUGGCGUCCACGCCUGGGUGUUUCCGCCUAAUUUACGUCAUAUGGGUCAUCAGAGCGUAUAUCGCUUAUGUAGUUUUGAGUAGUCGGGUUGAAAACAUGUUAGUUUGGUGCUCGGAAGAGCAGGGCUUGACAUAUCUCCUGGGGGACACUCACUUUUAGUCUAAACAUGGACAACAAACUUAGACUUGCAGAUAGGUCUCCUUGUCGGAGGCCAACUGUUUUCACCAGUCAAUGGGACUCUCUGGAACCCAACACAGAGAAGAACUUGGCCCAGGAGAGCAAACAGCAUCUCCAAAUGCACGCUGGUGAAUACAUGCUGUCUCAAGGGAAGAUGUCUGGCAUCUUAAAGGAAGAAGACUGCGGGGAUGCAGUUGCAGAUGACACAAAUGAAAGUGACCUGGAUGAAGUAGCAGCACAAUCCCACACGAGGGAACCUGUAAUCCGCACCCACAGAAGUCAUCUGGACGCCAAUGAUUCCUACUCACAACUGUGCUGUGACCCCAACGAAAAGGGAGAGGCCAUCCUCUCUGAGAGUUUAAAGAGCUCUGCCCAAGAACAUCACCACUUUUCCAGACAAAAAUCUAGUCCGUUGCAAAAGCCGUUCAUAAGAGGAUAUAAAUACAUUACUGACACAAGUUCGGUGGUGGUAAUGACUCCUAAUAUUUCCAGUAAUCAUUGUCAGCCAUACCACCUACACCCCCAAGAUGACCCCGUUAGCGCAAUCAAAUCACAGCACUAUCACAAGGCUUUGGGUCACGGAUCUCCAAAGCAUAGCUCGUGUAAUAUUUCUACUAAAGCCGAUCGAGACAGGACUUCCCAUAGGCAGUUCAAAGACCCCCUUCAGAAUGGCUGUGAUGCGGAUGAAAAUAUCAAUAGGUCUCUUGAGCGGACAGAGCAUUCUAUCUACUUGAAAGAAUAUCAUACAGAUAACCAAAAGGAAGUUGGAGGAGGAGGAGGAUUCUUUCCAAUAUCGCCCACAACAGAGAGUCCCAAGACUCUUAGAAAGAAAAAGCGACAUAAACAAACAGAGGACCUUGUACAACGUAACAAAAUAACGCUGGGUCGAAGUGCAUCCGGUCAUGGAUCCUACGUCAGCAUGCAUGCGCUUAAGCAGAAGAAACCUCACGGCGUGAAAGAGCUUCAUGAAACCGCUGAGGAGGGACUCACUGCUCAGUGUCCAAAAGACAGCUCGGACCCAGAGCUUAGACUGAUCCAGAAAACACAUCAGUUGAAGGUGACCCCGUUCACUGAAGGAAGUAAUGCACGGGGGACUAUGGACCCUUACUACAGAAGCAUGGACAAAAGUUCUGAAUGCGCAGCUUCCUUAAAAUGCCAAUUCUGUGUGACGGAGAGUGAACAGAGGUGGUGUCAGGAGGAUGUACUUGUAAAGCAAAGUUUCGAAAACGUCUCCAAUAUGCCUUCAAGUACUUCACACAGCACAGGAGCCGAUACAAAGCUGCCACCUAUUAGGUCAAAGCUGUGCCCCAGCCAUAUUGCGAAGGCAACUGACACCCUCCAUAGUCACGGCUUUGAUGGUUACUUGGCACAGACGGAUCAUCAGACCAGGACAAAACCUAAUUACAAGGCAUACAGCUUGAAUGAAUACAAGCAGUUGAAGCUAGAUGUGACACUGCAAGGCCUGGGUCCUGACUACACGGCAGUCAAAAAGAUAGCUGAGAAGAUGAAACAACAGAAGCAGUAUUCAAAUGGGGUUCGUGAGAGGAACAAAAACAUAAGUAAGAUACCCUUUUUAAUGGCCAAGGACCCAGUGGGCAAAGACAAGAAGGUUCCCAGGAUUAAGGCUUUGGAGUAUGCUAAGACCAUCGCCAAGCCACUCGUUCAGCCACAGUCCAAAUCACGUCACAAACAACAGUCAGGAGGCUCCACUGGACAAACUCCUUGCUUAGGAGGCUGGGACAUUUCACAGAUGACCACAGUGGAUCUUCUUAUGAAACGGCACCAGGAAGAAAAGGACGCAAUCAUCAGAAAAGUGCAUGUGACUUGAGGUCAUCUGCAAAUCAUCUUGCCUAAGACAGGCUUUAUAUUUGUUCUCCAAGGUGGUAGUCAUAGCUGCAAUAAACACUUCAUGAACACACAGUGGGGGAAAUACAGUAUGUUUUUUAUUUCUUGCUGAUUUGAUAAGCUUUACCUCCUUUCAAAGACACGACCGGUCCAUCAUUUUAGGGUAGGUGGAUUUGACAGAAUAUCAACCAAAAAAUGUUGGUUAUCACUUAAUUGGUAUUUGACUGAGUUA